AUGAAAAGCUCUGUAGAGGUCACGGACUUCUGGGAAAAUAAUAUAGUUUCACAAUGCAGAAGGGAAAUUUGGUCAUUAGAAUCUGUUGAUGAAGAUGGCCAGACUUCUCUGCGCAUGUCUGGAUAUAAACAUAAAGCACAUCUACUAAUAGCAGAAUUUAAACCACCAAGAAAUAAAGAUCAAAAGUUAUGGAAUGAUCUAGUUAAAUUAGGCAAUGAAAUGAAGGAUGCAAUUGAUAAGGCUAUAGAUGACAGUGUAGAUGGAAAUGUACUCAAUGUGACCUUUUUUUUAUGGAUUUGA